AUGGCGGCGGUAGGGCCCGAGAAAAGGACAGAAGGGGCCGAGGACGCGGCGGACGCGCGUCAAGACAGCGAGGCCCGGGGGCGAGAGGCCGCUAUCUCCAGUGGCAUUCGAGGCUCGCUCAGGGCCGGACCGGGCAGGCGAGCAGCGGGACCGGCGGAGCGGCGGCGGCGGCGGCGGCUAGUGCAAUGCGGAGCUGAGCCAGGCGCGGGCUGGGCUGCGGAGGGCGGCGGCGGCGGCGUCAGAGCCGCUACGCGAGGCUGGCGCGGCACCCCCACCAGCGCGCAACCCAGCGCGCCCGCCCUUCGGAGUCAGGCGCUGCACAGCCCCAGAUCAUCCGGCCACGGACUGAUCCGGGAGGCCAGAAAGCCGGCAAGACGGAAUUGCCCGUCUUGGACGGUGCCGGCAGCGGACCGUCUGGGCGUCGGUUUGUGUCACUGGCAACCAUCACUCGCACUUAAACCGGGCCCAGGUGCCCAUAGAAGGCAGAAAUGGUGGACACGGAUCGCUCUCAAGGAUGCUCCGCUCCGAGCCCGUCACCUAGGAUCAUCUGGGCUGUUUCUGCUGUCCGGGGACGCCGCCGUGGAAGCGAUUCGGCAGGGCGCUCGCCACCAACCGCUCUCCAAGUUUGUGCUGAAUGGAGGCAAAAGGUUGGCUUUUCGCUUGCGGGGUGGUGGAAGGAAGCAGAACUUUGAUGACACUUCUCGGUCGGCUCUUGGCGUGUCUGUGACUGCCUUCGCUGAGAGGUGCGCUGCGGGUGUCCGGCGAGGAAGAAAGAAGGGUUCGCAGCGCGCGGGGCCUGGGCGUGGAGGUGCGCUUUGCGCUCCGCUCCGCCCCGGGCUGCAGGGUCUGGACGGUUUCUGUUCAGUAGGGUGUGUGUUACGAGCGUGGAUAGGACAGAGAUCCAGACACAAAGACAGACAAGGCAUCAGUUACUGCAGUGGGCUGGAUCUGUGUGAACUCCGAGAGCGAGAUUCGGUAACUGGGUGCAGCUGGUGCGUGUGGCUCGGUGCACAUCGGAGUCUGUGCGUUCGAGGCUUGUGUGCGGAACUGGUUGUCCACGUGUUUCGACUGGGGUUGCCCGCGCUUGUGCCUCGGACGCUCUCUGACACCCACCCCUAGAAGUCCUUCCUGAUGUCUGUGUGCCUGGGAGCUACCGCCAAAUCUGCCCUUCAGCCUUCAUAGUGGCACACAGAGAACACAGACUGCCAACAAGAGAGAUGUGGAGUUUAGAGAAACGAUUUCAGAAAGCUCGAGACCCCUGGGAAUUCAUCUAAUGCUUUCCAGUCGAAGAUCAAUAGGUUAGGAGAUCUCCAAACCCUUAAUUACAUUGACUCCUUGAGGAGAUGAGCUGGAACUAGGAAGUAACUAAGCAUUCUCUCCCUUCCCCAUACAUCAGGUGC